AUGUCCGUGCAGGCCGUGCAGAACUACGACCACCUCCGCCGCCAAAACAGCUCGCGAUCCUUCCUCGACCACCGCAGCGACAGCAGCCAGCGGCACUCCACCCGCGCCUCCGACGGCACAAUCAACACCACCGCCAGCUCGAGCGCGCGCACAAACAUCACCGCGCCGCCGGAGUACAGCAAGAAGUUUGUCGUCGUGGGCGAUGGAGGCUGUGGGAAGACGUGUUUGUUGAUCAGCUACUCAAAGGGUGUAUUCCCUGAGAAAUAUGUGCCUACCGUCUUCGAAAACUACAUUACUCAUGUCGAGCACAAGCCUUCGGGGAAGAUGGUGGAGCUUGCGCUGUGGGAUACCGCCGGACAAGAGGAAUACGACCGAUUGAGACCGCUGUCCUACCCUGAGACCGACUUGCUGUUUGUCUGUUUUGCAAUCGACUGUCCCAACUCGCUGGAGAAUGUGCUUGACAAAUGGUACCCAGAAGUUCUCCAUUUCUGCCCCACCACCCCCAUGAUCCUCUGCGGCCUGAAAUCCGACCUCCGCACCAAACGCACCUGCAUCGAGCUCCUCAAAACCCAGGGCCUGACGCCCGUCACACAACAACAAGGCCGAGCCGUGGCGGAUCGCAUGGGCGCCAUGUACAUGGAGUGCUCGUCGAAAGAGAUGACGGGCGUGCACGACAUCUUCGACACCGCCAUCGACAUUGCCGUGCGCGGCCGCGAUGAUGAUGUUGUGUACGCAGGAGGGGCGGGCAAGAGUGGUGGUGUCGGUGGAAAAGGCGCGCCAGUGAAGCGGAAGAAGCGGAGUAAUUGCAAGAUUCUCUGA